ACGGUAUCAAAAAGUCACAGUAUAUCUGAUCGAAUCAUUACGUUUGGCAGUAUUCAAAGAGAAACAAAAUGAGAACUCUUGUCGUUGUUUGUGUAUUGAUGUUAGUUUAUGCCGAAAGCGCAAUAGGAACCAACAAAACCGGAAGCGGCCAAAUCAUAUGCCAGCAAUCCAAAAGCGGCAUAACCGGACCGGAGCUCAUAGAUUGUGUAGAACUAUGUGGACACAAAUCGUAUGCAAAUAUGAAUGAUACGGAAGCGUGCGAUUCGCUCACAUGUGCGGGCUAUGCAUGCAAUGCAGUCAAUGACAAAAAAGGGAUCGAUAUACUAAAGGUUAUGAACAUGUGUAAAAGUUGCGUCACCCCUCCGACCAAUCAAAUGAAGUGCCUAAUCAAUACUAUUUACUGCUAUCAAGAGAUUGCAUGUCUACAAGAAGACACGCAGAGCAAUAUCAAAAAAUUCUUUCAGUGCGUAGUCAAACUUAAGACGAUGGACUAUGUCGAUAAAGAGUAAUAAGAACGAAAAUUGCAAUACAUAAAUACGAAUUCUCUUGUAAACGGAAUGGCAAAUACUUAUAAUAGUAAACUUUAGAAAGUUAAUGUUUCAAUUUUCAAAUUUUGUUGUAUUAUUAUAACUGAAAUGUAGAUUACAAUUGUACAAGUUGUACAAUUGUAAAUUAUACCAAAUAAAUAAUAUUCCUGCAACUUA